GUCAGGAGGUUUUGAGCAACAGAAGCCAGAUUCUGACAGGCCUUUGGGCUCCAGUGUCCUCACAGUCCAUAAAGGGAUGUUCCUGAAAAGCCCCGUGUAAGGUUUUGAGUGUGGGUGGUCCCUCCCUGGGACUCUGAGCCCCUUACAGCACUUGCUGGGGAGAAGGCAGCCAGAACUUUCUUGGCUCCCCUUGAGAGGAGAUGAAGAGCCUGGGGCUGGGAGAGCCAGGGGCGGAACAGAUCCUGACAGGAGUAGGGUGGCCAGCCUGGGUCCAAGGACCAGAGGGGCACUCUGGUGGCCCGGGAGAGGGAACCUUUAGUCCCUUCAUCCUACCAGCCUGGGGCUGUGAACCAAAGUUUGCUUUCUCAGGCUAAUCUCAUUCGGCUGUGGCUCCUUCAGCCCCCCAACACCAAAAUUCCUGUGCCCCCACUUCUAUUCCAGGCCUGAGACAGUACCUACCCCUAUCUCCACAAACUAGGGUCCUUAUAGGGGUAGGAAUUGGGGCAGGUGCCUUUCCCCCGUCUUUGAAUCUUACUGAGUCUGAAUCCUGCUCUGGGUGUGUGGGGUGGGGAGUGGGAGCGUCGUUCCCCCCCACCCCAGGAGACCAACCCUCCUGAUUGGGUUCUGCACACCCGACUGUCCCCUGUCCCACCAUUCCUGGGCAGGAGCAGACCCUGCUCCCUGCACCCCAGUUCCUCUGGCCCCCCCUCACCACUUUCUCAGGUGUCUGUGUCUGGGGAUGGGCCCGCUGACCCCCCAGCCUCUUCUGGGCAGCCAGAAAGCUUGGGGACAGUCUCUGCAAGACCCCCGCUCCCAUUUGUCUUUCUUCCCAGGUCCAGAGAGCCAAGUCACUGUUGCAGCAGCUCCUGUCACACCGCAGCUGCGCUGCCAGUGACAGCCUGAAGGCCGGCGCCCCUCCUCCGCAGCCCCCCCCCCCCCCACAGACAGGUCCACGUGCGUCCCCAGACGCCUGAAUCACUGCUGACGGCUUGGGACCUGGCGGUCGUGGGCUCCUGGGGAGUCACCGGGGAGGGGGGUUGGUGGCCACGUUGUCUCCGGGGGAACACCUGCAGACAUAAAUAGGCAGCCAGCGAAGGCCGCCCUGCACAGUCCGCGCAGUGAUCCGCACACUGUGCCCACCUGCGCCAGGAUGCCAGACACCAUGCUCCCUGCCUGCUUCCUGGGCCUGCUGGCCUUCACCUCUGCCUGCUACUUCCAGAACUGCCCUCGGGGCGGCAAGAGGGCCCUGUCUGACUUGGAGCUGAGACAGUGUCUCCCCUGCGGCCCCGGGGGCAAAGGGCGCUGCUUCGGGCCCAGCAUCUGCUGCGGCGACGAGCUGGGCUGCUUCGUGGGCACGGCCGAGGCGCUGCGCUGCCAGGAGGAGAACUACCUGCCGUCGCCUUGCCAGUCCGGCCACCAGCCAUGCGGGAGCGGGGGCCGCUGCGCCGCCGCCGGCAUCUGCUGCAACGAUGAGAGCUGCGUGACCGAGCCCGAGUGCCGGGGGGGCUCCGGCUUCCACCGCCGUGCCCGCGCCAGCGACCGAAGCAAUGCGACCGAGCUGGACGGGCCGACCGGCGCCUUGCUGCUGCGGCUGGUGCAGCUGGCAGGGGCGCCCGAGCCCGCGGAGCCCGCCCGGCCCGGCGUCUACUAAGCCGCUCGCUCACACCCUCCCCUCUCCCGUUCCCCCCACAACCUGGAGAAAUAAACCUUUUAA